ACUUCACACGACAAUGUUUUUCUCGAUAUAACGUCACUUUGUGCGGCUGUACACGAACGUCGUUAGAACAUUCUGUUGUCGGAGUCGUUGUGACAGUUCCUUCAAGCUGGAAUUGAUAUGGCUUCCCAUACUGUCGAGGUCUUUGUCAAGGCCCUAUCAAGGCUUUUAGGUUGGAUAUAUACCGUUUGCUGGUCGCUUUCUUUCUAUCCGCAACCGAUAAACAACAUCCGUCGCCGGUCCACUUACGGUCUCGCUAUAGACUUCCCCACGAUUAACACCCUCGGGUUCAUUUGCUAUGCUGUCUAUUGUCUUGGCUUCCUAUACUCCCCAUUGAUUCGGAAACAAUAUGCAGCCCGCAAUCCUGCUUCUCCGACCCCUUCUGUGCAGUUCAACGAUCUAGCAUUCGCGGCUCAUGCUGUUGUUCUUAGCGCUAUCGUCUACUCGCAGUUUUACCCUAAAAUCUGGGGUUUCAAGGUGGCACCGUACCAACGCGUCAGCAAGCCCAUAGCUGGGCUGUUCUGGGGCUCGUUACUAACGAUUGCUUUGUUAAUAUUCAUCAUCUUGGGUAACAGCCCGGAUAGUGGUUCUGAUCCAUUUUCUUGGGCUUGGAUUGAUCUUCUUUACGCCAUGUCGUAUAUCAAGGUGGUCAUCACAGUCGUCAAAUACGUCCCACAGGCGUGGCUCAAUUUCAAGCGCAAGUCCACCGUGGGCUGGGAUAUUAGACAGAUACUGUUGGACUUGACCGGUGGGGUUCUGUCUCUCGUACAGCUGGUCUUGGACUCAAGUUUCGAAGCUGAUUGGAGUGGUGUCACUGGCAAUCCGAUUAAAUUCUUGCUGGGCAACGUGACCGUUAUCUUUGAUGUGCUAUUUGUUUAUCAGCAUUAUGUGCUUUAUCGAUCUCGAGAGGAUCCGGAUGAGGAUGAUGAGCAUAAAUUUCCUGGGGUAAGAUCGCCACUGUUAUCCGAGGAAGAUACCCCUGCCUCGAUAGGCACCACUUGAUGAAUCGUGCGCGGUGUGCGGUUAUAUAUGCAGGAGCCAUGCAAUGGACCUAUUAUGACACGACUUAUAUCUACACGACUUGACCUUUCAUCCCUUAGUGAGAUAAAGUAACCACCCGGAUAGGGCCUUAGUGACCCUGAGUAGAGUGAGAUAUUAAUUCAAAAAUCCAACCAAGUCUUUGCCG